AUGGGCGGCCCGCGGGCCUGGGCGCUGCUCUGCCUCGGACUCCUCCUGCUCCCUGGAGGCGGCGCCGCGUGGGGCAUCGGGGGCGCCCCGUUCUCCGGACGCAGGAACUGGUGCUCCUACGUGGUGACUCGCGCUGUCUCGUGCCAUGUACAGAACGGCACCUAUCUUCAGCGAGUGCUACAGAACUGCCCCUGGCCCAUGAGCUGCCCGGGAAGCAGCUACAGAACUGUGGUGCGGCCCACAUACAAGGUGAUGUACAAGACAGUGACCACCCGCGAGUGGAAGUGCUGCCCUGGACAUUCCGGGGUGACCUGCGAGGAAGUUGCAGGUUCCUCUGGCCCCGUGGAGCCCGGAUGGUCUGGCCACGCAGUUCCGAGGAUGGCACUUCGGCCCUUGGCUUUCUCAGGUUGUUUCAACUGCAGCAAGGUGUCCGAGCUCACUGAGCGGCUGAAGGUGCUGGAGGCCAAGGUGGCUGUGCUGACUGUCAAAGAACAAGCAGCGUCCCCAACCCCAGUUAGCCCUGAGGACGCUGUCCUGCUCUGGGGCUCUCCGGCUGCCCAGGGAAGCCCAGGAGAUGGAGGCCUCCAGGACCAAGCUGGUACUCGGGGGCUGCCCGGGCCCAUUGGCCCCAAAGGAGACACUGGCAGCCAGGGCCCAACAGGGAUGAGGGGCCCGCCAGGUCCACAGGGCCCCCCAGGGAGCCCUGGCCAGGCUGGAGCUGCAGGCAUCCCUGGAGAGAUGGGACCUCCAGGCCCACCAGGGCCUCCUGGCCCCCCGGGACCCCCAGCCCCUGUUGGUCCAUCCCAUGCCCGGAUCUCCCAGCAUGGGGACCAGCUGCUAUCCAACACCUUCACUGAAAUCAGCAGCCACUGGCCCCAGGGACCCACUGGGUCCCCAGGUCCCCCGGGUCCCCCAGGACCCAUGGGUCCCCCUGGACUGCCUGGCCCUGCAGGUGUCCCUGGUAGUCCUGGAGAAAUGGGACCCCCAGGCCCUGCUGGACACCAAGGAGAGAAGGGCGAGAGGGGACCACGUGGGGAUCCUGGCCUCCGAGGCUUUACAGGGCAGCAGGGAGACCCUGGCCCCAAGGGAGAGCCUGGUGAGAAGAGCCACUGGGGGGAGGGGUUGCACCAACUACGCGAGGCUUUGAAGAUUUUAGCUGAGAGGGUUUUAAUCUUGGAAACAAUGAUUGGGCUCUAUGAACCAGAACCAGGGUCCGGGGCAGGCCCUGGCGACAUGGGUGCCCCCAGCCUCCUUCGGGGAAAGAGGGGAGAACAUGCAGCCAACUACCGCAUCGUGGUACCCAGGAGCCGCAACGGCAGAGGAUGA